AUGGCUCCUCAUGUGGGGUUCGACGCUGAGCAGAUCAGAGAUAAGGCUCGAAGGGACCUUCUUUAUCUUCUCGAAGGCGUUCGCGGGAAGAAGAACCUCGUCAUCGAACGUAGCUUGGCUGGCCCAAUUGGUACCGUAGUAAAGGUAUCGACCUUACAAGAUUACGGUGUAGACAAGUUCUUCAUCCUCGAAAAUAAGAAUGCCGACACGAGCCAACGCAAUGUCGUGUUUAUGGCAAGGGGCGAAUCUGCUCGCCACGCUCAAUCCAUAGCAGAACAUAUUAAGCGGCUACAACGCGAAAGCCAGACCGGACACGAAUUCCACAUCUUUUGGGUACCCCGCCGUACUCUGGUAUCCGAUAAACUCUUAGAGGAAGCUGGUGUGCUAGGUGAUGUGAAUAUUGCAGAGCUUCCGUUAUAUUUCUUUCCGCUUGAGCGAGAUGUCCUAUCCCUAGAGCUCGAUGACUCUUUUCGGGAUCUAUUUUUGUUUAAAGAUACGACACCGACAUUUCUCAUGGCGAAAGCCUUGAUGGGAAUCCAGUCGAAACACGGGCUCUUUCCGCGCGUCAUUGGCAAGGGCGACAACGCGAAACGUGUAGCCGAACUACUCACCAGAAUGCGACAGGAAAUACUGGCUGGGGAGGACACAAGUGAAAGUAUCCGGUCUGGGCUUACCCCAAGCAACACGAUAGAAAGUGUCAUAUUGAUUGACCGCGAAGUCGAUUUCGUUACACCAUUACUCACGCAGCUGACGUAUGAAGGGCUCAUUGAUGAGGUCUGGGGGAUUCGUAACAAUCAAGCUGAUAUUGAUUCUACCAUCGUGGGAGCUCCGCCACAAUCUGCGUCCCAAAGCACGACUAACCCGACAGCUAAUGCGCCAUCAAGGAAGCGUAAAAUACAACUGGAUUCCUCAGAUAAGCUUUACGAGGGACUUCGCGAUGCGAAUUUCGCAAUUGUCGGUACGCUUCUCAACAAGGUUGCGCGAAGGUUGCAAAGCGACUAUGAUAGUCGCCACUCAUCCAAGACAACCGCGGAGCUCAAGGAUUUCGUGAAGAAGUUACCCGGCUAUCAAACGGAGCACCAGAGCCUGAAGAUACAUACCGGACUUGCCGAAGAGAUCAUGAAACAUACACGGACAGACCAAUUCAGUCGCAUGCUAGAGGUUCAACAAAACCUCGCUGCGGGUGCCGAUCCUGGUUCCCAAUUUGAGGCUAUCGAAGAGUUAAUUGCGAGAGACGUACCGCUGCAGGAGGUAUUAAGACUCUUAUGCAUAUAUUCAUGCAUAUCUGGUGGCAUCAAAGCGAAGGAUUUCGAUCAUUUUAGACGCUUAGUAUUAGAGGGCUACGGUUAUCAACAUUUUUUAACCUUAGUUAACUUGGAAAAGCUACAGCUAUUCCUAUCUCGUACUUCGCCUAUGGCAAGCAUGAUUCCCAUACCCGGCUCGGGAACAGCAACUGGGACCAAGACGAACUACGCCUACUUACGCAAGCAGCUCCGCUUAAUCGUUGACGAGGUUAAUGAGCACGAUCCCAACGACAUCGCAUAUGUGUAUAGCGGCUACGCGCCCCUCUCGAUCCGUCUCGUACAAUGUAUACUGCAGAAGCAAUACCUUCUUUCCAUCACACGCGGAAACGGGACGACUGGCGCAAGCACAGCCGCCAGCAGCGGUGCGCAGGGGUGGCGAGGUUUUGACGACGCCGUGAAACAUGCGCGAGGCCAGACGUUUGAUGAGCUACAAAAGGGCGAAGACAAAGCAGUCAAAGCCCGAGCUCUCUUAUCCGGAGGGGGCGACAAGAAGACGGUGUUUGUUGUAUUCGUGGGAGGAAUAACAUUUACCGAGAUCGCGGCGCUGCGAUUUAUCGCAAAAAAGGAAGAAGCCCGAAGGAAUAUUGUAAUCUGCACGACCUCGAUCAUUAGCGGGAAUAAGAUGAUGGAUGCUGCGGUAGAGAAGAAAUCAUUUGCAAAGGAGCCACCUAAACCAACGACUGCGGCUUCGUCUACGGCCUAUCAGUAUGACAUUCAAGUGUCAAUUUUCUACAACCAAUCUAGGACGAGAUACUUGAUCAUUCAAUGGGGAGGGGAGUAUUUGUAUUGGCCAAACUCCCAAUACACGAAUCCCGGACGACCUCGCUCAUACCUAUAUAUCGAUGCGUGUGUAUGUCUCCGGCCAACACGGAAUCUGAGCUCGUCGGCUAUGAGCAGCACUCAGGAAACCCUGUUGGAGGAGGGUAAUUUCAUAGGGUCGGGCCCUCUAGUGGAUUUGGAGGAAUUGGAUCAUCAUCUAGAAUCAAUUCUUGCCUUUCCGGCUGAUAUCACGAGAACUCUCCCAGCAGCUCUCCUCACGGACUCCUUCACUUCUUAUAAGCCCGAGCUGUCUACGUCCGGAGAUACCCCAAGAACAGAAUCUGAAAUCAUUGUUCGAAUUGACAAUAUGGAUAUGUCUCCGGACGAUACUACGGCCUCUGCGCCUGUAUCACGACGAGAUCCUACGUCUCAUCACAGUCAGUCACCAUUGAUGGAUUCCAGAUAUCCGAGGGUUCAAAGGAACUCUGGAAAUUCAUUCGAGUCCUCAGUUUCGGCUGUCUCAGACCAGUCGGAAUUAACAUCUCCGCCCCCAUCGUCGCAUUCCAGUAAAGCGACGACGCCGGUUGAGGUAGACAUAUCACAAGAGCCGUUGAAGACAUAUUUCAAUAAUAAAACCACCGCUACCACUCCUAAGAACAAAAGACGCCGGUUCGAUGUGCGACCACGAGUAUCUAUCCCGACAGACAUCUCUCCACAUGAUUAUGCCAACCAAUGCAUAGCCGCAGCCGAGUCUUCCAGAUUAAAUCCUUAUGCGCUACAUCAGGAUGAAUACUUGAUGUUGAGAAACCAUCUCAGCCAUGCUCAGGUAACCACAUAUCUGAACAUCCGAAAUGGCAUCUUACGGUUAUGGUUGAAUAAUCCUCGAAUCGGAGUUUCCCGCGAGGAAGCCGUUGGGUGUGCUAAAGAUUCAAGGUGGUUUGAUGCUGCAAGCGUAUGCUACGACUGGCUUGUCCGAUCGGGAUAUAUCAACUUUGGCUGUGCCGAAGCUCCCUCGGUUCGGAAGCGGUCCAAAAAAGCCGAUUCGAAUAAGAAAGGGAAGACCGUAGUUGUGAUUGGUGCCGGACUGGCCGGUCUAGGAUGUGCGAGGCAAUUAGAGAGCCUAUUUGGCCAAUAUGAAGAACAAUUUCGGGAUCUAGGAGAAGAAGCCCCGAAGGUAAUCGUUCUUGAAGGACGAAAUCGCCUGGGUGGUCGUGUGUAUUCACGCGCACUCGAUGGUAGCAAAAGUCAACAUCUAAUCGGAUUCCAAGGUCGGCGGCAUAGUGUUGAGUGCGGAGGCAUGAUUAUCACUGGAUUCGAGCGAGGUAACCCACUCAAUGUUCUGGUGAGAGGGCAGAUGGCUUUGCCGUAUUACGCUCUACGACCCGACACCACCCUCUACGACGCUAAUGGCAAGGCUGUAGACGACGUAAGAGAUCGUCUUGUCGAGAAGCUCUACAACGAUUGCCUCGAACGAGUAAGCGACUAUAAGUUUAAGAACCCACCGUCCAAACUUAUUGAAGGCAACAGGGACCUAAUGGAUGAAGGCCGGGAUAGUUCGGCUGAAGGCCAAAAGACCAUCGCCCAGGUUGAAGAGGCUACAGCUGCUCUCCCGCAAGCACCGCCAGUCUCAGAGCAGAGCUUAGGGCCCCAAAUCAGUCUCGUCCCUGUCUCUACGGAUCGAGCAACGGGUAGGACCCACGUUGAGCCGGGCACUCCAGCCACUCUAAAGGCAGGUUUUAAGGCACGUCUGAUGGGUUGGGCGCUCAAGGAACAUGUGACUGAGGACUAUGAUUUAAACCUCGAGGCAGCGGCUAAGGCUCCCAACGCUACGCUUGGCUCUGUGAUGGACGAAGCCAUCACACAAUACAAGAAUAUUGUCGACCUCACGCCCCAAGAUUUUCGACUUAUGAAUUGGCACAUAGCGAAUCUCGAAUACAGCAACGCGAUCAAUUAUAGCCAACUGAGUAUAGGAGGUUGGGAUAUUGACGCCGGUAACGAGUGGGAAGGUAAACACACAAUGGUAAUCGGGGGUUAUCAAGAUGUCGCGUGGGGCUUGGCUAAUAUGCCCUCGCGACUAGACGUUCGAAAGAAUACUAGUGUCAAACAAAUAUUCUACGAUCCCGAUGGAAUAAAGACUGCACGGGUCGAAUGUGAGGAUGGCUCAACCUUGGAGGCAGACUAUGUGGUUUCUACUAUACCUCUCGGAGUUCUGAAGCACGGUAGUGUUGAGUUCAAUCCUCCUCUGCCUCCCUCUAAAGAGGGUGCCAUUAGCCGUUUAGGUUACGGUAUCCUUAACAAGAUUAUUCUCGUCUACGCGGAAGCCUUUUGGGAUACGAGUAGAGAUAUCUUCGGUUGUCUCCGGACUCCAAAUUCCCGACACAGCCUCAAGCAGUCUGAGUACACUUCGCAGCGUGGGCGUUGUUUCCAGUGGUUUAAUACCUCGAAUACAAGCGGCAUCCCGGUUCUUAUUGGAUUGAUGGCUGGAGACGCUGGCUUCGACACCGAACAUUCUAAGAAUGACGAGCUUGUGGCCGAAGCUACAGAGGUCCUGCGAAGCGUAUAUGGUGCCAAAGUUCCCCAGCCUGUGCAUUCAAUCGUUACGCGCUGGGGCUCCGACAAAUUUGCCCGAGGAUCCUAUUCUUCUGCCGGCCCGUCAAUGCGCCCAGACGACUAUCAAACAAUGGCUAAAUCAGUUGGCAAUCUGUUCUUCGCGGGAGAGCACACAACCGAUACUCACCCGGCCACGGUACAUGGCGCAUAUCUUUCUGGACUACGCGUAGCGUCGGAGGUAAUCGAUGCCAUGAUCGGCCAAAUCGAAGUCCCUACUCCAUUGAUAAUACCGAAAGAAACCGCCUUCUUUCCUCAGGGUCUGAAACGCAAAGAACCCAGUGAUGCUCCAUUAGCCGUCUCUCCUAAAUCUAACAAGCAGGCUCGUAUCGACGAAUAUGAAGCCGCCGCUUGGCAGCAUGUUAUAGCACAAAUUGGAGAGCGACCUUGGCGACCUCAGAAAGUUGCAGGAAAUGCUUAUCUCCUCUACAGUAAAGCUUUCUUCGAGACGGCACGCAAGCGGUGUGCGGAAGGACGCCGGGCUGGUAAGGGCAAGCCGGGUCCGAAUGAAGUGCGAGUCAUGACAAGUAAGAUGUGGAAAGAAGCGGCACCCGAAGACCGAAAGCCGUUUGAAGAUCAAGCGGCAGAACAAAAACAGAAAUAUAACGAGGCAUUGAAGACUUGGGAAGCGAAAGUGAAGGAAUGGGAUCAACGUUACCCCGUGGUACGGGGCGAGUAUGAGAAAAAUCAUAAACUCGUACUCGAGGACGAAGGAAGUCCUGCUAGCGAACGAGGAAGGGAAAGGAGACGAGCGAAAGUCAGUAACUACGCCGAGAGCGAGGGAAGCGAUAUCGAAAUGGAGGAAUAA